AUGCAAGAAGGAAGUUUGAGCUUGAUGCAAAUGGCUAAAAUCUCUUCUGCUUUAUAUGAUUAUCAAUCAAAUAAAAAGUUAUUCUAUGUAUCAAUCCUUACAUCUCCUACUACUGGUGGGGUGACAGCGAGUUUUGGUAUGUUGGGGGAUAUCAUUAUUGCUGAACCCAAUGCCUACAUUGCAUUUGCAGGUUCAUUAGGAUUCUUAUUGGUUGGAACUUCUAGUUAUCUUGGUAGAAAUUUGAUAUCUUUAUUUCCGUCUCAGCAAAUUCUUUUUUUUCCACAAGGGAUCGUGAUGUCUUUCUAUGGGAUCGCCGGUCUUUUUAUUAGCUCCUAUUUGUGGUGCACAAUUUCGUGGAAUGUAGGUAGUGGUUAUGAUCGCUUCGAUAGAAAAGAAGGAAUAGUGUGUAUUUUUCGUUGGGGAUUUCCUGGAAAAAAUCGUCGCAUCUUCCUCCGAUUCCUUAUAAAAGAUAUUCAGUCUGUCAGAAUAGAAGUUAAAGAGGGUAUUUAUGCUCGUCGUGUCCUUUAUAUGGACAUCAGAGGCCAGGGGGCCAUCCCCUUGACUCGUACUGAUGAGAAUUUUACUCCACGAGAAAUUGAGCAAAAAGCUGCUGAAUUAGCAUAUUUCUUGCGUGUCCCAAUUGAAGUAUUUUGA